AUGGCCUCGCCCGCAAACUCGAUUCCCGACACCUCGCUCGGCCUGACAGCCGAUGAGAUACAGGUUCUACGGCGCGCGCAGAUCGAAGCCGCCAACGCUGCAGCCGGGUCGUCGUCGUCGCGCGCCGCGUCGCGCGCGUCGUUCCAGGGGCUGCUGCUGCUCAACACGUCCUCGCUCACGUCACUGUCGCGACAUUUCGACCGCCUGAUGCAGCAGAUCUCGGAGCGGCUGGAUUACCUCUCCGAGCAGUCGCAGGUUGUCGCGCAGCAGCAGUACGAUAGGGCGGGGAACGCGAUUGAGAUUGCGGAUGCGGAGAUCGAGCGCCUCAACAACAUACUCAGACAGAUCGACGAGCUGGAAGACGAUUUUGAUAGGAUGGCGCGGCUGAAGGAUAUCGUGAAGACGUUUAGGGCGAGGGUGGAGGAGGUGGAGAGACGGGUGGAAGAGAGUACAGCGUCGCGCCGGGAUGGGGGCGGUCACAGGCAUCGACAUCGACAUGGGGAGACGACAGGAUCGAGGAGCCACAGGCGAUGAGAUUACACGGCCGGUCUGCUCAUACUGUAAUAUCAGUUGCAAUGGGACAGACCGCAGAAAGGCCUUGGUCCAUCAGCUAUCCUCGGACAGCGUGAUCUGCAUGGAUGGGUGGGUGGUGCGAGAGGACUGCCUCGCGGCGACGUAGGUUUGGGAAGACAAGGAACGCCUCACGGCUCACACAUGAUAUUUUCCUAUUUGGGCGGCCUUUUUUCUUUCACAGCUUGGUUUGGGUGGGGUUGAUUGCAGGAGGAUUAUGAGCGUAGCAUCGAUACCCAAAAAGCGUGGUGUUUCUGGCACUGCUCCUUUGCACAGAUAUAUUGGAGUGGGAUAUCUACGGUCUACAAAUGUGUUAUGACGAUCACAAGAGAUGCACGCUCACGAAUAAUGUAGAAAACUUAUUAUUAUAGUUCAAUUGAUUCAAGAUGAAGCGAAAUCAAG